AUGAAGCUCUUCGCCGCUCUGGUGCUCCUCUCGCUGUUCGUCAGCCAGAUCAACGCGUCGGCCUACCUGUUCGUCGUCCACGGCGUCUCCAACUUCGGCGGCAACACCAACGUGCAUGUCAACGUCAACGGCGGCCGCGCCAUCUCCAACUUUGUCUACGGCACCUCUGCCGGCUACAUACCCGUCUCCGCAGGCUCCACUGAGAUCACCGUUUCGCUGGUCAACGGAGGCACCACCAUCAUCAACGAGACCGUCGCGCUCACCGACGGCGCCUACUACACCGCUGUGGCUGUGGGCUCCCUCAACGACUCAACCACCUACCCGUUCCGCCUGCUGGCCGUGCAAAUCAAUCCCUCGGUCUUCUCCAACACCAUGGCCAAGGUGGCCGUCUUCCACACCGCCCCCGGUGCCCCCAACGUCGACCUCUACUCCGGCGACUCCAGCCUGGCCAACAACCUUGCCUACCCCUCCGGUGUCGAGCUGGCGGAGGUCUCGGCUACCACGUACAAUCUCUCGCUCAGGCUUGCCAGCGACCCGUCGCAGGUGGCGCUGGCCAUUGGCAAUACCGAGCUCCAGGGCGGCAAGGUCAACUACUUCUUCGCUCUGGGUGACAUCGUCGGCGGGGAGACGCUCUCCGUGAGGAACAUCCAGCCCGCCGAGGACGAACCCAGCCCCGCCUCGACCGCCGUUCCUUUCUGGCUUUCGCUCUUCUUCUAG